AUGCUCAAGCAGAUUCUCAGUAAAGUUUCCCGGAAACAGUCCAAAUCGUCCAAAAAUCAAGAAUCGUUAAGCAACCUAACCCCAAAUUCAACCUCUUCUAGCUCAAAGAGAAGCGAUUUAGGAAGCGGGAAUUCAAGAAAGCUUGUAAACGCCGAUAUUUCCUCACCUCUGGAUUCCAAAUUCAAUCCAGGCGAGAAGAAUUUCCGCAAUGGUAACCCUGUAAGUGUUUCUUACGAAGCUCUACCAAGUUUCAGAGACGUUUCAAGCAAUGAAAAACAGAACUUAUUCAUAAAAAAAGUCGCCAUGUGUUCUGUAAUCUUUGAUUUCACCGACCCCACAAAAAACCUCAAAGAAAAAGAAAUCAAAAGACAAACUUUACUAGAAUUAGUCGAUUUUGUUGCUUCUAGCAACGUUAAAUUCACAGAAUCAGUCAUGCAAGAGUUUGUGAAAAUGGUAUCUGCAAAUUUAUUUCGUGAACUCACUCCACAACCCCGUGAUUGCAAAAUCUUGGAAUCAUAUGAUCUCGAAGAAGAAGAACCAUGUAUGGAUCCCUCAUGGCCUCAUUUACAAAUCGUAUAUGAACUUCUACUAAGAUUCAUAGCCUCCCCAGAAGCCGAUGCCAAAAUUGCAAAAAAAUACAUCGAUCAUUACUUUGUUCUUAAAUUGUUAGACAUGUUCGACUCUGAAGAUCCAAGAGAACGUGAGUACUUAAAGACAAUUCUUCAUAGGGUUUAUGGUAAAUUCAUGGUUCAUCGUCCUUUUAUAAGGAAAUCUAUCAACAAUAUCUUUUAUAGAUUUGUGUUAGAAACCGAAAAGCAUAAUGGGAUUGCAGAACUUUUGGAGAUUUUAGGGAGUAUUAUCAAUGGGUUUGCUUUGCCAUUGAAGGAAGAACAUAAGUUGUUUCUUUCAAGGGCUUUGAUUCCAUUGCAUAAACCGAAAUGUUUGGCCAUGUAUCAUCAACAAUUAUCAUAUUGUAUUACUCAAUUUGUUGAGAAAGAUUGUAAAUUGGCUGAUAUGGUGAUUAGGGGUUUGUUGAAAUAUUGGCCUGUUACAAAUAGUUCAAAGGAGAUUAUGUUUUUGGGUGAAUUGGAAGAGGUUCUUGAAGCUACACAACAACCCGAAUUUCAUCGGUGUAUGGUGCUUUUGUUUAAACAAAUUGCUCGUUGCUUGAAUAGUUUGCAUUUUCAGGUGGCAGAAAGAGUUCUAUUCUUCUGGAACAAUGAUCACAUUGAGAAUCUAAUCAGACAAAAUCGGAAAGAAAAUCUUCUUUGA